UGACUGAAGGGCUGGAGAGAAACGUGUGGAUUUUCCUCUAACUAACAUGGUAUUUGGAGUUUAAAUCGUGGGGAUAUAUCUACACGCCGCAGUAAUUCCUCACAAAUUAAUUAGUUUUAGUUAAUUUAAGGCCGCUCCGCUCCGGGAGAGGCCGCGAUAAUCCAGCAGGAACCAUGAAGAAGAAAGUUAAACAGAGUGGAGAAGCACCUGUGGGGGGGCGCUCAGCCGACUACGUGGUGGGUCAGGUGUGUGGAAGUUUGUUCCAGGAGAAAUCUGCAUCGUCCUCGUCCUCGUCCGGGUCUCUGUCGGCUUUAUUCAGCGUCACGGCCCCGGCAGCACCGCUCCUCUUCCAGCCUCCGCCCCAGAGGAAACCUGAGGCUCAGAAGGAAAGUCCACAGGUCAAAGGUCGACCUGCUGCUGGAGGUGAGGAGAAGAAGAAGAAGAAACCGACCAAGAAUAAAUCAGCCGCCGACCAGAAGCUGGAGAACAGGGAGAGCGCUUUGCAGGAGGCCGACGAGGACGAGCGAGGCCACCAGACGUCCGCCGCGGACAAGAAGAGGAAGAGGAAGGCGUCGGAGCUGGGCCGAGACCACGACACAGAGCACUGGGUGAUGAAGAGGCAGCGGAGGAAGGCCGGCCGAGAGGAGGAGGCCCAGAAGAGGAGGAGGACCGUGUUCGUGGGCAACCUGCCCUCCAGCUGCACCAAGAAGACCCUUCGCAGCCUCUUCAGGGACAAAGGAUCCAUCGAAUCGAUCCGGUUUCGCUCGGUGGUCAGAGAAGAUUCCUCGGUGUCUCGCAAAGUCGCAGCUAUAAAACGUACAGUUCAUCCCAAGAGGCAAAGCUUGAACGCGUACGUGGUUUUUAAAGAGGAGGAGGGAGUGGACAGAGCCCUGGAGAGGAACGGGAUGGAGAUCGAGAAGGACUUUCACAUCCGCGUGGACAGAGUGACCGACGGCUCAUCUCACGAUCACAAGCGCUCAGUGUUCGUGGGGAAUCUGUCGUUUGAGAUCAACGAACACGUCUUCAGGGAUCACUUCCAGGAGUGUGGGAAGGUGGAGGCGGUUCGACUGAUCCGGGACAAGAACUCUGGGCUGGGGAAAGGAUUCGGCUACGUCCUGUUUGAGAGCGCUGACUCGGUGCAGCUGGCCCUGGAGCUGGACGGCUCUAAGCUGGAGGGCCGCUCGGUCCGGGUGAAGAGGUCGGUGAAGAAGGAGACGGAGAAGAAGAAAAGUAACGGUAAAGGACCAACGGGGAGGACGGGAAGGAGCCCGGCUAAGGGGGGUCCGGGCCGGGAGAGGGGGGCCGGCCCGGGGGGGUUCAAAUCCCAGAAGAAGUUCACAGGAAGCUCCGGCUCGUUCCGAGGAGAGAUGGUCGAUCCAAACACAAAGGAUAAAAAGAAAGGACUGAAGAAGAAGAAGAAGAAACCGAAGCCGAGUAAAUCCAUUCACAUCUGAGGACGGGAGGACGGGAGGACGGGACUCUGAAACCAGAAGUUUAGUCCCCGGACGUUAACACGUUGUCUUAUUGUCGAGUUGUGUUCAGGUUGAUCUUGUCGUUUGUUAAAACACAGAUUCACCUUCAGAAUCUGCAGAAUGACUCGGUGGACGACGUGACUCUGAGUCUGUGGUUUAAAGGUUAAAGGGCGUCUCAACAGGUUCAAAGGGUGGUUUUAGAUUUCAUUCUUUCAUUGUGUUGACAUUAGACGAACUGGACAUUGGCUUUAACGCAGUAAUUACACAAUAAUUCCUUCUUGAAAUGAAUCACCUCUAAAUAAAGACCCAGAUAAAUCCC